GCUUCCGCGGGUGGGAUGAGCUGCUCUGCAGAGCCAUUGGAGCUCGAUCGGGCCGGGGCUGGGCCGUCUCCAGUGCAGCCGCUGCGAGUACCCCUGGAAACUCCACGCACCUCUGCUCCCUUGGGCGCACCUUGCGCAACCGCUGUGGCCGCUCCAGGCCCCGGCAAGAAGGAAAGGACACUUAGUGUCUUGCCUGCGUGGUUCCUGAAAACUCUGAUAACCCCCCUAAAGAAGACUAAUGCUCUCAUUGCACAGAUGGGAAUAACCUUCCUAAAUGCAUAUGUUCCCAGUGCACUUUGCUGUCCCAGUCGAGCUAGCAUUUUAACAGGAAAAUAUCCACAUAAUCAUCAUGUCGUUAAUAACACUCUGGAAGGGAACUGUAGCAGCAAGUUAUGGCAGAAGAUUCAAGAACCAUACACCUUCCCAGCGCUGCUCAAAUCUAUGUGUGGUUAUCAAACUUUCUUUGCUGGGAAGUAUUUAAAUGAGUACGGAGCAGAGGAUGCAGGGGGAGUAGGUCAUGUCCCGCCUGGAUGGAGUUUUUGGUAUGCUUUGGAGAAAAAUUCAAAGUACUACAACUAUACUCUUUCAGUAAAUGGCAAAGCACGAAGGCAUGGCGAGAACUACAGUGUAGAUUAUCUGACAGAUGUCCUGGCCAACAUGUCAUUGGACUUCUUAGAGUACAAAUCUAAUUUCGAACCUUUCUUUAUGAUGAUCUCAACCCCAGCACCACACUCCCCUUGGACACCUGCUCCACAGUAUACGAAGAGCUUUCAGAAUGUCAGUGCACCAAGAAACAGCAAUUUUAAUAUUCAUGGAAAGAACAAGCACUGGUUAAUUCGACAAGCAAAGACUCCAAUGACUAACUCUUCAAUACAGUUUCUUGAUGAUGCUUAUAGAAAGCGGUGGCAAACUCUGCUGUCAGUAGAUGAUCUGAUAGAGAAACUAGUGAAGAAACUGGAACUGAACGGAGAAUUAGACAACACAUAUAUCUUUUACACAUCAGACAAUGGCUUCCACACUGGCCAGUUUUCUUUGCCAAUAGACAAACGGCAGCUUUAUGAGUUUGAUAUCAAAGUUCCACUGCUAGUUCGAGGACCAGGGGUAAAACCAAAUCAGACAAACAAGAUGCUUGUUGCAAAUAUUGAUUUGGGUCCCACUAUUCUGGAUAUUGCGGGGUAUGACUUGAAUAAAACCCAGAUGGAUGGGAUGUCACUGUUGCCACUGUUGAGAGGAGACAAAAAUGUCACGUGGAGAUCAGACUUCCUGGUGGAGUACCAAGGAGAAGGAUACAAUGGCAGUGACCCUACCUGUCCUGGCUUAGGACCCGGAGUCACACACUGCUUCCCUGACUGCGUCUGUGAAGAUUCCUAUAACAACACAUAUGCUUGUGUAAGGACACUGUCAACUUCCUGGGAUCUGCAGUACUGUGAGUUUGAUGACCGGGAGGUGUUUGUGGAAGUGUACAACUUGACUGCAGAUCCACACCAGAUCAAUAACAUUGCUAAAACAAUUGAUCAAGAAAUUCUAGAAAAGAUGAACUAUCGAUUAAUGAUGCUGCAGUCCUGUUCAGGAGCAACUUGCCGAACACCAGGUGUCUUCGAUCCCGGGUACAGGUUUGACCCACGGCUCAUGUUCAGCAAUCACGGCAUACGUGCUCGGAGGUUUUCUACACAGUCCUUAUAAGACCAUCAAGAGCCUCUUGCAAUCAGCUCCUACUGACCAGUUUCUCCAGUGGCUGCAGCAGGUCUGUCUCUGUUAACUCUUGCUGAUCACAGCUGGAAGACUUUUAAUGGGCUUUUCAAACCUUGUUUGGAAGAAAACCCCUUGUCUUUAGCUGGUUGCCUUGUGCAAUAUGUAUAUUUUACAGCUGAACUCUAACUGUAAAUCGUUAGACACAGCUAAUCUGUCUUGCUCAAAUAGUUGAUUAUCACCUUUGUCUUUCAAGUAUCUUUUCAUAUCACAGGCACAGAGGUAAACCUAUGCCUAUGAAUCUGAACAGUUUAUUUUGUUCUAAAAAAUCAAUAAGUGCAUAUUUGAGUCAGGUUAGAUAGGCAGGUGCUAUUGCACAGUAAUGCUCACCCAUAUUCAGACUUUAUUAUAGGUUUCCUGUAUCGAGCUCAAAGCUGUUAAUGACAAUAGCAAACUAGCCCAAAAUAGAGUAGGAAGGCAUUAGUCAAAACUGUAGGAUCUGACUAGCAAGUGUCUUGUGCGGAAUUAAAAUCUGUUUGCUAAGUAGUCUCUUUCAAUGAGACAACUUCAAAUGAGACCAAUGAAUUUUGUAGGACAGCUUUGGUAGCUUUCAAACAAGAAUGCAAUGUCAGGCUUCUUCUAGUUUGAAAUGCUGGAAUGGGGGUACUGAAAAAACUCUUAUUGUUUAAGAUAGGCUUCCUAGUUAGUUUAAACAAGAGAGUGUUGAGGCUAGUAAGUAUUCAAGUAAGUGUGCCUGUGCUUUGAGCUAACUCUUAAGUCUGUUUUUAAUACAGAAACAGAAGUAAUACUAAAAUAAACAAAAUCCAACAACCAGGGCACCACAGUAGAGUUGAUCUGAUUUUAACUUCCAAAUGUCUUAAAUUGUCUAACAUCUUAUGUUGAUUAGAUUCUUGAAGGUAAUUUAUUUUGAAAGCAAACUAGCUAAAAGUAAAUCACAGAAGCAUUGCUCACUAGACAUUAGGCUAAGAGAGCUAUUUUAGGCAGUUUAAGUGCUUCACAGUGUUGCUUUUUCGUUGAGACAUGACUACUUGGAACCUGCAAUAAGUGGCCUUCACACCAAAGGUCUACAUGUCAGAAAUCACUUUGUUUCCUUCUGAAAGUAUGCUGUCUUUUCAACCUUCUGAUUAGGCUUAUUUGAAAUGCAGCCAUCACAUGUACCCAAACUUGAGUAUCUUUCUAAAUCUUGAAAAACACCCAAAUUUCCAUUGCUGUACAACUUCUGUAAAGAUUCAUUGGCAAAACACUGUCUGGAAACACUGAAUUGUGGAUCUUCUGCAAGACAAGUUCCUGUUGCUUGUGGGCAAAUAAACUGUGUUAUCAGCAAGAUAA